ACUCUAGACCGUGGACCUCUUCCCUCUUUCUACCUCCAGAACCCAACGCUUGAUAAUAGAAUCUUCUUUCGGGAAGCCUUCGUUAAACACCAAACCACAAAGACCAUCUUUUGGCUGCUCUGCACGUGUUGUUACCACGGUUUCGCCACACCCCUUAAACAUGUCGUCACCAAUGUUUUCCGCAGUCGACUCCUACAAACAACCCACAAUGCGUGAAGAAUCAGGCUAUGCCUCUGCUGCAUCAAGUCAGGAAAGCCUGACCGAGGUCUACUUCACAAAGCCGCAUUUGAAGUUCAUCAACUCUCAGCUUCAGAAGCUCGAGCCACAAGACAUCCUUCGAUGGUGCAUCACAUCUUUACCAGGACUUUUCCAGACCACAGCCUUUGGUCUUACUGGACUCGUCACCGUAGAUAUGCUUUCGAAGCUCGAAGGACCUCUGAAGCACAACAUCGAUCUGAUCUUUUUGGACACCUUGUAUCACUUCGAUGAAACAUACGCCCUUGUUGACCGGAUAAGGAGGCGAUACGGGACCCCCGUCCAUGUCUACAAGCCUGCCGGCUGUGACAGUGUGAAUGACUUCACCACCAGGCACGGUGAUAAGCUUUGGGAAACAAACGAUGAGCUCUACGACUAUGUCGCCAAGGUCGAGCCUGCAGAGCGAGCAUACUCUGAGCUUCAAGUCAAGGCCGUUCUGACUGGUCGACGACGUAGCCAAGGUGGAAAGCGUGGCGACCUAGACAUUGUUGAGGUCGACGAGGCUGGUCUGAUCAAGAUCAACCCACUAGCCAACUGGAGCUUUACUCAGGUCAAGGAGUACGUGGAUGCCAACGACGUCCCGUACAACGAGCUUCUCAACAGGGGCUACAAGAGCGUUGGCGAUUGGCAUUCGACCCAGCCAGUAGCUGCUGGAGAGGAUGAGCGAUCAGGACGCUGGAAGGGCAAGAACAAGACCGAGUGCGGUAUCCACAACCCCAAGUCGCGAUAUGCUCAGUUCCUCCAAGAGCAAGAAAGUAAGCGACAAAACCAAGAACUUGAGAACAAGUUGCAGCAAAUUUCUUUGAACGCAUAGUGUAUUGCGUGGCGCAGUAGUUGUCUUUUCUUGUACUCGCAUUAGCACGGCGUUUGGGUUUUUCCUGGGAUAUGGCAUCAUAGCAUGUGGGUUGGACUCUUCUAGGACAGCACAUGGGGUAAACGGAAGUCACAGCCGGCAUUAUGUAUGCGGGGCCGAGAUACCCCCGAAAUACGAGCCAAUGAAGCUCACAAAUGAAUCAGACAUUUAAUGAUCCA